AUGUCACAAGAUCCAGGCAACGAGAAUAUUGCUGACGCUGCCACUUCGCAACCAUCAACAUCCAGACUAAAGUCUCCGCAUACAUACGCGGAAUUACGCCCUUUUAGACUUCAAAAUCUGGUAAUCACUCCCAACAAUCGCGAACAGCCGAGGGUCGGUGAACGCUUGACGAACACUUGCGAUCCUAUAGAAGCCAUUAAAGAAUCCCUUGAGAAGCCUGUGGGAACUUCCGACUUCGCUUCAGCGCUGUAUGCUUUUUUUUUCGAAGAAAUCGUCGACGUUAAGUCGGGCUUCUGUAGAGGUUCUGGUUGGCCCUUGGCGACACCGAAGAGAAUAGAGAAAAACAUUUCAAACAACACUUAA